AUGGCAACUCGAUCCUCUGUCCAAUCCGACAAUCACGCCAGCGGCUUGACUUACGAGCCCUUCGAAUCCAGUUACGUACGGAUGAUCGUGGAAGCGGACGAAAUUGCGUGGCAAGACAACAUUCUUGCUAGUGCAGCUCACUGGAUACUUCUUGCUGGAUAUCUGGUGGUUCCUGGGACGUUCACGUCUCUCCAAAAGUCCGACACUAUCCACACUGGCCUCGCUCAAAAUGAAGCUGGGGAGUGGAUUUUAAACACUAUUCAGAAUCCUCCACUUCUCGCGACAGCAUGUGUACUGUUUGUCUCGGGCUUGACGAUCAUGGGCUGGCUGUUCCGGGAAUAUCGAGGGAAUUAUAUCUGGCUUAUUAAUCGUAUUUUCAUUCCAACACUUCUUAAUGCAUUAGCUGGUUUUCUUACUACGAUUGUUAGCCUAUACACUGCCCAUAAUGGCGAUUGGUCUAUCAUGGUACUUUUGACCGUGAUUACAUCUGGCCUGUCCGUUGCCUGCUCCCUCAUUCUGUUGUAUAUUUAUAAGUUUGGUAAAGUACAGAGGCUGAAACAGGAACACAAGCGGAUGGUUCGCAACCGCGAACAGCCUCUCCAUGUCUGA